AUGCAAUAAUUAGAAAUGCAAUAUUGCUAUUAUAGCAAUUUUAAUUUAUUUGAAAGCACAUCUCAAUUAUUAAAGAAAGAUAAGUUUGUUAAGUCAUUAUUAAAAACCUUAGGAGAGGAAUGGCGUAUAUAUGCAGGAUAAGCAAUUACUAUAUAAUUGGAUGGAUAAAUAAAUUAAAUGGCAUGGCAAUUUUGUUUUGAAAAUUUACUUUUUGCAUGGUUAGAAAAUGAAGACUCAUAAUAUUUAGAAUUUUAUGAUAAAUCAAUAUAACGCAUAAGCCCAUACAAUAUUGGUAUCUAUAAAUAAAAUUUAAAUUAGAUGUUGUUUAUUUUAGGCCUGUAUUUGAUGGCUUCUUUUACUCUGCUUAGUAAUUAUGGCAAAAGAUGAGAUUAAGUAGACCACCUUCAUAAGAAUCCUUCAAAUCUUUAGAUCAAAUAAAUUAAGAGGAAAUAAAACCAAUGUCUAAUAUUUUAAAGCCACUAGUGGUUGUUAGUGAAAGAAUUAUCAAUUAUUUUAGAAAGGAAGAAUAAGUUUAGACAUAAAGAAUUGAAUAACAACAAUAAUAUUAAUAGCCAAGUUGGAAAUAAAUAUCUAAACUUACAGAAGAUUCUUUACCUCUUGAUUUAAUUGAGAAUGCAUACAUAUAUGUGAAUUAAUUCAUUUAAAAAACUUACAAAAACUGUCAAGUAGCCAAAUCAUUUAUUGUAAAUAUAAUUGAACUUAAUCAUGAAGUAUUGAGUAAAUUCUAAAUCUCAAAUUAAUAAAUAAAAAUUAGAAUCAUGUAACCAUCUAGUUUAAUGUAUGAUAAUUUAUUAUCAAUUUGGACAUUAGCAAAUGCUGGAGUUCAACCUUAAUAUUUUGAUUUAAUUGGCAGAACAAAAUCUUUAUUGGGAAAUAAUUGGAAAGAUAAUUAUUAAUAGCCUGUUGAGAUAUUUUUUUAAAUGAUGGCAAAAUUAAAUGGAAAUAUUAUUUUAAAUCCGUAAAUAAAGUCAGAGGACUAAUUAAACCAUUUAUUGAAAAACAUGAGAAUUUAAAUGGCUUAAUUGUGGGAAUAAGAAAUAGUUUAAUAAACAUAAUAAAAAUGAUGAAUAAUAUUAUAUUGUGUAUAAAAU